CGGCGGUUGAGGAUGCGGCGCGGGAGCGCUCUCUGGCACAGCUGGCUAUUCUAGUCCCAGAAGAAUACAGAAGAGACUUUCUGAAGAUCUGGUUGAGGCUGUAGAAGAAAUUUGGGGCACACGAUAAAGAAGCAACAGAGAGUAUCAACUAGAAAACUAGAUAAUCCAGACAAGCUUCUUGGCUUUGUGGGAUCUUUUAAAUUGUUUCAGAACUUGAAUUUUUGCUACAGAGGAUGAGGAGACAAAACAAUAAAGGGCAAGGACUGUUCUAGAUUUCUGCUUAUCCGUUCGCCUCUUCUUUGAGUUGGAAAAACUGUCCACAGAAGCCUUGUGAACAAGACUGAAGAGAAUGAAUUUCCCUGAUUCUGGCUAUUGUUGGAGUUGAGGAUUAUAUCCACUUCAGCAGGCAUUUUUGGAAGCAAUUAAAAAAAAUAGAAGGAAGCAAUAUUUAAGGACUUUUCUGCAUUGGUCCUGUGCCAUGUUACAUUUUGAAUACUGGAGCAACUAAGGGACAUCUCUAUCUUCUGGAUCUAAGAAUAUACCUGAAUCCUUUGAGCUUGCAUAAAUGAUGUUUGGAAGGUGGAAAACUAAAAAGUCUUUCAACAUAAACUUAUUAAAUUCUGGAUUCUCUUUCUUUUGAGGACUUCAGCUGGUAGAAAUUUCCUUCCAAAAAGAUACAAAGCCUUCCCUGUGUUUUCAAGCUAAAUGUGAACAAUAAUGUCUUGGAAAAGAAAUUAUUUUUCAGGGGGCCGUGGCAGUGUCCAAGGGAUGUUUGCACCUCGAAGCUCAACUUCCAUAGCUCCCAGCAAAGGCCUCAGCAAUGAGCCAGGGCAGAAUAGCUGCUUCCUCAACAGUGCGCUACAGGUUUUGUGGCAUUUGGACAUCUUCCGACGUAGUUUUAGGCAGCUUACAACUCACAAGUGCAUGGGAGAUUCCUGCAUCUUUUGUGCUCUUAAGGGAAUCUUUAACCAGUUUCAGUGUAGUAGUGAAAAAGUGCUUCCAUCUGACACUCUCCGCAGUGCUCUGGCAAAGACUUUCCAGGAUGAACAGCGUUUCCAGCUGGGAAUUAUGGAUGAUGCUGCAGAAUGCUUUGAAAACCUCCUGAUGAGAAUUCAUUUCCACAUUGCUGAUGAAACCAAAGAGGACAUAUGUACUGCCCAACACUGCAUUUCUCACCAGAAAUUUGCAAUGACAUUAUUUGAACAGUGUGUAUGUACAAGCUGUGGUGCCACUUCUGAUCCACUGCCUUUCAUCCAGAUGGUGCAUUACAUCUCUACUACUUCUCUUUGCAAUCAGGCUAUUUGUAUGCUGGAAAGACGAGAAAAACCUUCACCAAGCAUGUUUGGUGAGCUACUUCAGAAUGCCAGCACCAUGGGGGACCUGCGGAACUGUCCGAGUAACUGUGGAGAGAGGAUCCGGAUUCGUCGUGUGUUGAUGAAUGCUCCACAGAUUAUCACAAUUGGGCUGGUCUGGGACUCAGACCAUUCAGACUUGGCAGAGGAUGUCAUCCACAGUUUGGGCACCUGCCUCAAGUUGGGUGAUGUGCGACACUUAACUGAUAGUGAAUGUAACCAGAAACACACAUCCAAGAAAGGGUCCCUGAUAGAGCGCAAGAGGAGCUCUGGCCGUGUUAGGAGGAAGGGCGAUGAGCCCCAGGCCUCAGGGUACCAUAGUGAAGGAGAAACACUAAAAGAGAAGCAGGUUCCUAGGAAUGCCUCCAAACCACCCAGCAGCACCAACAGGCUAAGGGAUUUUAAGGAGACAGUCAGCAAUAUGAUACAUAACAGACCAUCCCUGUCUUCUCAGACCAAUGUAGGAUCUCUCUGUGGGGGAAAGGGAGGAGACCAGGCUGACAAAAAAACUUCUAGAAACCUGCCUUUACAUUCUCGUGACUGGGAAGUGGAGAGUACCAGCAGUGAAUCCAAAUCAAGUUCUUCCAGCAAGUAUCGCCCAACGUGGAGACCAAAACGAGAGUCUCUGAAUAUUGACAGUAUUUUCAGUAAAGACAAAAGGAAGCAUUGUGGUUAUACACAGCUUAGUCCCUUUUCUGAAGAUUCAGCUAAAGAAUUUACACCAGAUGAACUAAGGAAGCCACCUGCUUACAACAUUAAAGCUGGUGGAGCAAGCUCCCAGCACAAACCCUGGGGUCAAGCAUGGCCAGGCUCUCACCUUUUAGAUCAACAUCCACGCUUAAUCCAGAGAAUGGAAUCUGGCUAUGAAAGCAGUGAGAGGAACAGCAGCAGCCCUGUCAGCCUGGAUGUAGCACUACCAGAGAGUUCAAACAUCUGCAGAGUGACAGAUGACCGGGCCAAGCAGUCUGAACUGUACUUAGUAGGAAUGAUCUGCUACUAUGGCAAACACUAUUCUACAUUCUUUUUUCAAACAAAGAUCCGCAAAUGGAUGUAUUUUGAUGAUGCUCAUGUCAAGGAGAUUGGGCCCAAAUGGAAGGAUGUGGUAACCAAAUGCAUCAAAGGGCACUAUCAGCCCUUACUGUUGCUUUAUGCAGAUCCCCAAGGCACCCCAGUGUCUACCCAGGACCUGCCAUCCCAAUCCCAGUUCCAGUCAUCCAGCAGGGCAUGCUAUGACAGUGAAGACUCAGGGAGGGAGCCCUCCAUCUCAAGUGACACUCGAACAGAUUCUUCAACGGAGAGUUAUCUCUACAAACACUCCCACCAUGAGUCUGUGGUCAGUCACUUCUCUUCUGAUUCUCAGGGGACAGUCAUCUGUAAUGUGGAGAAUGAUUCCAUGUCCCAGAGCAGUCGAGACACAGGUGGAGAGAUACCUUCUAAAACUGAACUAGAUGAAUUACAGGAAGAGGUGGCCAGGAGGGCUCAAGAACAGGAACUUCGAAGGAAACGGGAAAAGGAGCUAGAGGCUGCUAAAGGGUUUAAUCCUCAUCCCAGCCGUUUCAUGGACUUGGAUGAACUGCAAAAUCAGGGGAGGAGUGACGGCUUUGAGAGGUCCCUGCAAGAGGCAAAUUCAGUAUUUGAAGAGUCACUGCAUCUGGAACAAAAGGGAGACUGUGCUGCAGCUUUGGCUCUCUGUAACGAAGCUAUCUCUAAACUAAGACUUGCCCUGCAUGGUACAAGCUCUAGCACGCACAGCAGAGCCUUAGUCGAUAAGAAGUUGCAAAUCUGUAUUCGAAAAGCACGGAGCCUGCAGGAUCGCAUGCAGCAGCAACAGUCAUCGCAGCAGCCGCCGCAGCCCUCAGCCUGCCUCCCAUCACAUGGGGGCGCCCUCCCUCAGCCAACAAGUGAACAACCUGUCUCGCUCCAAGUAUUGUUAAGACAGGAGGCCCAACUAGAACCCUGCACAGAUACAGAGUUUGGGGCCAGUUCUUCUUUCUUUCACUCACCUGCUUCUUGCCAUGUGUCACAUGCAUCACUAUUCCCAGAAUCAUCUGCCCCAGAGCACAACUCCUCCAGUAGAUCUUCCUCAAAGCUUCUGACUUCAGUUGAGGUGGAUGGCAUUGAUGCUUCUGCACUCCAAAGGCAAAGUUUACCUAAAAAAACAGGGAAGACUGAGAAGACUUCCCAUCAUGAAUGCAUGCCAUUGGAUGGCCUUGUGGGUAAGCUGCAAGGCUGCAGGGAGGACAACAUUAACUGUAACAGGUUUCUUCCACAACAAGGACAGGGCAUUGCUCAAGAACAGCUGUUCCAAGAAGAGAAGGAUUCUACUGACCCUUUCCAGGUGAUGCCUUGGUCACAUCCAACAGGAAGAGUCACCUCGGAGACAGGAAAUGCACACAGCUUAAGCUAUAGUCCUUUAGGUUCAUCAGCUCAGCCCAGCAUUCCCCUUCAUAUGGCCUGUCAUCCUGUAAUGUCUGCUGCUUCUUCAUCUGUGCUUUAUUCUCCUGAUCCUGUGCGGAAAACUAACCAAUGCCUCCAAAUUCCAUUGAUUUCAAAAGUAGUUGAAAGUAAUGAAGAGACCUAUCGGCCAGAGUUUCCCAGCACAAAAGGACUUGUCCGCUCUCUGGCAGAACAGUUCCAGAAGAUGCAGAGUGCCUCCACAAGGGAUGCUACAGGUUCCCAGAAUCAAAGUUUGCCAAGUAGUCUAAGGAAGAACAGUUCCCCUUCUGACUUGAAGCCUUCUUUCCAACAAGGUCAAGGAAAAGGCCACUGUCCUUGGGUAAAACAAAAGCUCUCUCUGGAUACUAGAGACAGACUUGCUUCUUGGGAAGAGCCUGCUGACCAUACUUCUCUUGCCAUGGACACUGGGCUGCCUAAUGGUGAAAGCUCUAGGGGAGGACAGCCCAGGUUGGCAGAACUAGCUGUACACCAAGGGAAGCUAUCUCAAAUGAGAGAUGUUAGGCCUAAGGAGCUUGAUAGCAGUAUCAGCUUGGGGACUUGUUUGCCUUUGGAUUCCUGGGUAAAUGUUACAAGGCUCUGUGAUUCUCAGCUUAAACAUGGGCUCCCUGGCCCAGGAGCAAAGUCCUCCCCCCAUGACUCCCAUACCUGUGUAACCUAUCCAGAGAGAAAUCACAUCCUUCUGCAUCCACAUUGGAACCAAGAUACAGAGCGGGAGACAUCAGAAUUGGAGUCUCUCUACCAGGCCAGUCUACAGGCUUCUCAAGCUGGAAGUUCUGGAUGGGAGCAGCAGGAUGUAACUUGGCAUCCACUUUGCCAAACAGAUGGCAUGGGGAGGAGACUGCACUCAGCACCUGGUCUUGAUCUGUCAAAGACCCCAACAGCAGAAAUGGAGCACAUUUUCCAUGAAGUGAGCACAGUGUCUGCAUCACAGGCAGCAGCUUUAAAUGCUAAGGCUACAGCUUGCCAAGGCCUUGGCAGGGAAUAUGGUGAGGAUGAACAGUACAGUGCAGAGAACUUUCGCCGCAUCUCACGCAGUCUCAGUGCCACCGUUGUCUCAGAGAGGGAGGAGGUUCCAGUCACUUGCCAGAGUUUUGAUUCAUCACACGUGCGGAAAAAGCCUUUGGAAACCGAGCACCGUUGUUCCAGCUCCUCUUCCCUCCCUGUCAUCCAUGACCCUCCCAUAUUUCUCCUUGAUUCCCAAGUCUACCCUUCCCAACCACAGUUCCUGUCCCCAGAUGUCCUGAUGCCCAGCGUGGCAGGGGAACCCUGUAGACCCCCAGGAGCAUCAAGGAGUGUCCAGCAGUUUCUGGCUAUGUGUGACAGGGGUGAAACUUCCCAAGGGGUCAAGUACACAGGAAGGACUUUGAACUACCGGAGUCUCCCUCAUCGUUCCAGAACUGAUGCCUUCCGGGAACCCUGGUCAGAGACCCACCAGCACUUUGGAGCCAGAUACCUAACUACUCCAGGAUGCAAACCUCAGCUUACCCACACUAUCACAUUACCAGAAAGGAGUCAGGGUCUUCAGGUUCCUCAUGCUCAGGCUGGAGGGGAUCUUUUCCAUUCACCCUCUCAUCCACCCACUGUUCACCCUAUGUCCCUAUCAUCCCUAAGAUCAGCUUGGAAUUCGGGUCCUAUUCCAGGGUCCCGAACACCUGGUCCUCGAAGAGUAGAUAUACCCCCAGAUGAUGACUGGAGGCAGUGCAGUUAUACUUCCCAAUCUAGGAACAGGAGGGCAGAGGAAGAAAGGUUGUUGUGUGUUCUGGCAGAGGUUCUUGGAAGAGAGCAGAACAAAACUAGAAUCCUGCAGCAUAGCAGGUGGUAAGGGUCAUCCCUUUUGUUUCCUGGAGCCAUAAAACACAACUGGCAGAGUUGCUUACCCUGCAUCUCUGCCAUAGUUUUGCUAUUCUCAUCUCAACAUAGAAUUGGCAGUUUCUCCCUGGGGCACUGGUUACCUCUAAAGAGACCUGGUUCUUUAAAUAAGAGGGAAUAUCUGAAAUUCCAACUUUAAUUCCCCUACUAAAAUGAAGCAGCUGCUGUUUUGUGUUUGAGCCACUUUAAGGCUGAAUCCAUUAUAUUAUUCCUGAUACUAGUCAUUAGUGACUUCAGGUCAAUUCUGGAUAGUAAUGCCCCCACCUUUACCUAACGUCCAUUUUCUGGUCUCUACUAUCUUCCCAACUUACACACUUUUUUUUUUUUUAAUCUGUCUAACCCUAUUACCUGACCCUCUGUAUUCCCCAUUUCCCAUCCUCAAAGGUACAUGUAGCCUUGUGGUCAUGGUCAUCACCAUGACCGCAUCAUUCAGGGCAGCCCAUCUGCCCAGGUGUUAUGGCCUGCCAGUCUUCCCUGUGCCACACACCAUAGGCCUAGAAUAUGGAACUGCCAAUAUAACACUUGCCCUUCUGAACAGAUAUAGUCUGGCACAUUAACAUAUCCUUUUGUCUUCAGCAGCAGAACCAUUACUGCCACUUGCUCAUUCGCCAUUGUAAAUCCUCAGAGUCUGCUGAACUAUUUUAGGGCAAAACAUACUCUUUUUGUAAAGUAUUUUUCAUUAAUAAA